AUGAGCCCCUCUCGCUUCAUCAAGCAGGCCCGCGCCACCACCAAGUCCCUUCUAGGUAGUCGCUACCAAGAAGAAGUUGAGGAGGAUCCGAAAUGGCCCCUGCCUCUGGAUGACAUAUCCGAGUACACCCAAGCACGCUUGAAAGACGGCCUUGCCUUUGUCGACCACACUCAACGAAAUAAGAAGCGGAAGAUCUCGCCUCUUUCCAGUCAUUGCCUGACGCUCUAUCAAUCCGCAAUUAAGGCGUCCCUGCUAGGGGAGGACGUGAGUCCUGACGAGUAUGACCAUCUGUUGGCUACCAUCUUCACGUACGAGAAAGACAUCUACACCAACAAAUUUCUUCGUGAUCCUCUUGGGAGCGAUAUCUGCCCCACAAUGGUUGAGCGCCUAGCUGAACUCCGACGAUACGAAUUCGCAACUCGAUAUGGCGACCACAUGCAAGCCGUUUGCGACGAGCUCAAAAGCAAGGUUCAAGUUGAGAAGCCCCAACACUUCGAAGAUAUUCGAGGUUGGAAUCGAUUCUGGACUAAUAUCAACGCCGAUCUUAAACAAGAGCACGAAGACUGGGUAAAAUGGGGUUUCAGAAGCCCAUAUGUCAGCAACAAGCAAGUCAAAACAACGCUCUGUGUUUUCAAUGCCUGCAAUCACAUGGGUCUCAGCUUUGAUCACGUUCUUCAGGCAAUUCAACUCUAUGCUGGUCAAAAUAACCUGUUUCACAAAUCCAUUCUGCGUUACAUCGAGAAUGGUGAAUGGUGCCGUCUAGCUGAGAUGCUCUUUCGAGAUCUUCGAGAUCUCCCUGUUGUUACGCCAAGCCAUCUGAGGAAAAAUAUUCCCGUCAUGGAGACUAUCAUCAAUGCCAUCGUUGAUGAAUAUUUUAUUCGAGGGGACAAAGAACGCCCAUUUGACCCCCGUGACUGGAGGACAAGAGAAAGCGCCUACGAAAUAGCGGCGAACACAAGAGUGGAGGGAAUGAGGCGCGAAGGCCCCGUCCUGGAGGAGCGCAAACGGAUUGAAAAACAAGCGGCGAAGAAGUGCAAGCAACUUAUUCAAAAGCACUCCAUGGUGCACCUGUCGGCUCCGGUCAGCAAGCUCGACGCCCCAUCUGGAGACUUGCCACCAUCCUUAAACCGCCCAAUCUCUGAGGUUGAAAUUGUUACGUCGAUGGAAACAAUCAAGCGUUAA